CUCUGACACUCCAUGCACAUGUUCAGCCACAGUCAGGUGCUACAGCCUGAGGAAGCAAUAUGAAGGACUCACAACUCCCAGCCAUUAAAAUGCAUCUGUGGCCGAAGCAGAAAACGAGCAAAAAAUCCAAAAAUGAGUCUCCGAAGACACAAAAACCAGCCAAGUCCCACAUACCUGCUGCCACGUGUGCCAUCCCACAGCUGACCGAAGCUGAGAGAGUGACGCAGUCUCCAUUUGAGAGGCUCAUCUAUGACAUGACACACAAUGAGAAGGUUGUCAAUGACCUCAUGCUCGGACGACGGGUUGGCUUUUAUGAGCUGCGUGGAGAAAUCGGGCAAGGCAACUUCUCUACAGUUAAGCUGGGCAUCCAUGCCUUAACAAAAGAGAGAGUAGCUGUUAAAAUCAUGGACAAGCUGCAUCUGGAUAAAAAGAAACAGCCUCUGAAUUCCUCAGAGAUCAGCUGCAUGGAGAAGCUGUGCCACCCCAACAUAGUGCGCCUUUAUGAGGUGAUGGAGACGAGCCGGAAGCAGUAUCUGGUCAUGGAGUACGGCAGCGGUGGAGAUUUGUUCUCUCGAAUCACCACAAGAGGGAAGCUUAAUGACCUGGAAGCCAAGCUGGUCUUUGCACAAAUCAUCUCUGCUGUCAAACACAUGCACGACAGCAACAUCAUCCACCGAGACCUCAAAGCAGAGAAUAUCUUCUACACCACCAGCUAUUGCAUCAAAGUUGGAGAUUUUGGCUUCAGCACAGAGAGCAGCCCUACUGAGCUUCUCACCACUUUCUGUGGCUCUCCACCUUAUGCUGCACCUGAGCUUUUUAAGGAAAAAGGUUAUUGUGGACGUUACUCCGACAUUUGGGCUUUAGGUAUUCUCCUGUACUUCAUAGUGACAGCAACAUUACCCUUUUAUGGGGAAAACUUGGGAAGGCUGAAGCGCUGCAUCCUCCAAGGGGCUUAUCGUAUCCCCUCUUAUGUGCCAGAUCCAUGUCAGCUGGUGAUCAAAGGCAUGCUGCGGACUGUGGCUGUUGAUCGCUCCUCUUUAACGCAGAUUUCAAACAGUACUUGGCUGAAAGGGAUUGAGUUCUCUCGUCCAUAUCCGUCGUUGCCCCUGUCUCCCGCUCAUUUUGCCCAGACAAAUCAGACUCUCUGCAUGGAGGAGCAAGAGGUAAAGAGUUUGCUGUCCGAUCUUGGGGUCAUGAUGCUCCAUUUCCAGAACAACCCCUGCUUAGACUGUAGGAGUCCGCUGACAGGGGCCUACAGGAUCCUCCUCCAUCGAGUACAGAAGAGGAGAUCGGUCGAGGCUGUAGGUUAUUCUGUGCUUCAGCCAGAUGAGUACGAGAGUCCAAGCAAGUGGUCUGCAGCUAUUGACAAACACACUCCUUCCACUGUAUGUGCAAUACUAUAGUCACAAAGAACUUCACUGGACUGCUUUGUUUGUGGCAUCAAAAGCACUUUAUCACGCGUGUGUGAUCAUUUGGUUUCCGACCCUCGUUCGGUCACUUCGGGCUUGAUGAGGCAGUAUGUUACACACAGACUGAAGUGACAGGCAUGUGGAGGUCAGAGUGGACAGUUGUUUUCCACACUGUGUGAAUCAAUUACAGCUCAUAGACCAGGGUACAUCUCUGAUUACAUCACCAACAGCAAGAUUACUGACGCAAAAGACCCAUCAAUCACUGAAUGGCUAUCAGCAUCUUCCAAUCCUUCUUAGUCAAGACCUAAUACAUCUGACUUAAUCCAGGUAAGCCUAAUGCGAGAGCUGCAGAGAACAUGCUUGGCCCAACAGAAAGGGGAAAAAAAAAAACAUGUCAAGAAGAAAAUAAAUUAGAAAAAAAGAAAAAAUCAACUUACCACCAUUUUACAACUAAUGGCUAAUGUUGGAUAAAAGCAGCUGUAAAUGCAGUUUAUUUUAUUUGCUGAGGAGCAGAGUCAAGAGCACAGAUAAUUUGAAAGUUUUCUAUGGUGUUAUUGUCAUUUUCUUCAUUACUGUGUAAAUUAUUGUAAUAAUGUUUGGUUAUGUUUUAAAUCAAUAUUUUCACAUAUCCUCCAGGGAUGCUGGUCUGAGCUUAAAGCCCCUCUGUAUCAGUAAUUAUAGUGAAGGCUAAGGCCAGAUUCAUUAAACAGAAUAAAGUUAUUUUCAAACUCCAA